AUGGAGUUUUCCGGCAGCACUCUCUCCGUCUCCGACGUGGAGAUUAUGGUGCAGCAACUGAAGCCGCUCUCAAUCGAACAGGUUGGCACGGCAGAGUGGAAGGAUGAACGUGAGAGGGUGGAACGACUUAACAUGUGUUCACACAGUAACGCCGUGCUGAAGAAGGACGAUGCCGUGAAGGCAUUUCUUGUGGAGCAUGAAAAGCUUCCGGUAUUGUUGCAUGAGUUACUGGUGAUGGAAAUGUGGCGGCAUCGUGUGCUGCCGUUAGUGAAGGACUCAGUGGCAGGGAACCCCACAGCGUACUACAUGUUUCCCUACUAUGAAAUGGUUUUGGCAAAUUUAUUUGAAUGUAUUUCCUUCCACGAAGAGGUGGUGGUGGCCCUUGGCGACGAUGUUUUGGAGCUUGUGGAUUAUUGCUGGCGACAGGUCUCCCGGCUCUUUGCGGAAAGUGGGAUCAACGAGGUUCCAACCAAACUCACCCCGCAACAAAUGGGCGAGGAGGAUUCACGGCAGCAUUUGGAACGACAGCUAUCCCAUGGUAUGGUGCAGCGUGCCAUGACCUCCUUGUCGAUUCUUUGGUUUAUCAUUGAUAGACUGGAGCAGUUGCCUCUUUCAGUGUCUAAUGCAGUGUUCAAUAAGCAUGAUCUUGUGCUAGGCCUAUCGGAGAUAAUGCUUCUGCAGCCCUGGCUACGCCGCGGUCCAGGGGUGACGCAGAAGUAUUGCAAUGGAGAAUUUAAGGAUGUCUCACAAGAAGAGGCACUGCUUGUGUGUAUCCCCGAGGCACACACUUGGUUUUCUCUGCACAAGAUGUUGUGCGACCCUGAGUGUCGCCGGCGGUAUCCGUACACGCAGAGCAAGAAGGAGCUUAUUCUUCGCAUUCGACGCUUUCUCAAUGACACUCUUCUUGACCAAAUGCCCGCACUAGCCAGUGUGCAGCGAGCUUUGGAGGAGCUUUCCUUCAUGCAGCCGCCCAGUGACACGGAUGCAAAGCUCAAACGAACUCUAACCAUAGAGCAGGUUCCACGCAUUGCGACCGCAGUGGAGGCCUCACGGACGCGUAGUUGGGAAGAUAUUGCCAAUACAUUUUCAGCCCUUCUGAAAGACCCAUGUAUCAGGAAUGAGGACGUCAUGCGGAUGACACGCAUUUUUGAUGAAAUGUUUACAGAGUAG